AUGUUGGAACUCGUCAGGCGACUUUUCCGGCGCCAAAAAAGCCUGUACGGGCUAGACCAUGCGGUCCUCAAUGUGGUCCUACCGCUUCAAAGUAUGUGGAUGAAUAUGGGGUAUUGGGAACAUACAUCCAAAUUCCCAGAGGCUUGCGAGUCUUUACUGGUUGAAGUACUACGGGCAGGUCUUCUGAAAGAUAAAAGCCAAAUCCUGAGAAUACUAGAUGUCGGGUGUGGAUGUGGGGAUUCAUCACUAUAUCUCACUCAGAAAAUCCACACGAAUUCUGCAUACGCCUCUAUUCGCGAUAGCGGUUCGCAAGCCCACGCUCAGGUCAUCACAAAUCAAAGGCCGAUCGACACCUACGUCGGAGUCACUCUGGUACCCGAACAGGCAGCACUCGCACAGCAGCGGAUUAAUGAAAGCCGCAAAUUAGAUCAAGGCGCAGAGAGUGGGUUUGCCGAAGUUUUCUGCGCUGAUGCAGCCAAUCCCUCCAGCUGGCCUGGAGAAUUGAAGGACUCUAUUUCCGACAUGGCCGACACAUCAAGUGAUCCUAAAGUAGGUACAUGGGUCCUUGCUCUGGAUACUAUGUAUCAUUAUCACCCCUCGCGCCUCCCACUCUUUCAAUAUGCCAAUUCCACUCUUAACGCCUCGAUCAUGGCUUUCGAUCUGAUUCUGGGACCUGAAACGUCCUGGAAGCAGCGUUUCUUUCUCCGAUUUACAUGCUGGCUCACUAGUUUACCAUAUGGAAAUUUUGUUUCUCAAGAAGAGUAUAAAAAUCUUCUGGUUAGAGCAGGGUACGAAUCUUCCCAAAUCGAAAUUAGGGAUAUAUCGGGCCAUGUGUUUCCCGGUCUCGUGAAAUUUCUUCACCAAAGGGUCAGAGAAGGAACACCUUUCGGUCUAAAUGUGAGCAAAUUCCGCGCGGCUGAAUGGUUGUUUGGCUGGUGGGCGAAUACUGGAGUUAUCAGAGGAGUAAUUGUCACUGCCCGCAAAUCAUGA